AUGCAAUUCAUUAAUAUCAUUACAUUAUUCCUAGUAGCCUUGACAUCGGCAGAUCAGACGAAAAUCAAUUUAUUCAUCAAACCAAUUGAUGGUCAGUCAUCAGAUUCAAUUGGUUUCAUCAACGAUAAUUCCGUUUAUUUGGUAGACACCGAAUUAGAUCCAAGUAAGAGUUAUUGCAUAGGUACAAAAGAUCUUGAAAAUCAUGAAUGUUUUACAUUUAUCAACGGAGUAAGCUCAUUAAAUAAUACUGUGAUUGAUGCAUUUAUUGAUGAAAAUGGAGAUAUCACGAGAUUGGCAUUAAAUUUUGAUGAAUCUUCUAAACCUACAAUUAGAAAACAUAAAGUUCAUCCAGCGGCUAUUCCGAAUAUGAACGCCGAAUCAAUUAAAAAACAAAGACAACAACAACAACAACAGGCUCAAAAUUCAGGAAAAGUCCGUGUUGUUAAACAAAAGAAAUUAAUCAAAUAUAUUGAUGAUGAAGGUAAUGAAGUUGAAAAAGAAAUAGAAGAAGAAGUUGAAAUUGAUGAAAGAUCUUGGGUUCAAAAGAACUGGAUGUAUAUCGUACCUCCAUUAUUGUUGUUUUUAGUUAUGGGUGGUGACAGUAAAUAG